CCUGUUGUAACAACCUACUGUGACUUCGUUUUUCCUACUUGCAUGCCUAGGUAUGUACACGGCUCUUAUCCGCCAGUCUCCAAGUGUGCAUACGGGCGUGGACGCACAGACCAUAGUUAAACGCGCCCUCGUCUUUCCCCAGAUUAAUUCCAGCACCGGCGUGCAACCAUCAAACCAACCUCCCGCACCCCACCCCAAGAUUAAUAUUUUAAAAUCUUUUGGAACUGACUUUCCACUCCCCAAAAUCAUGUCGGAAGCGUCAAAACCAAAAUACGACAGCCUCCCAGGCAUUGACACAGCCCCUGACGUUUACGAGACCCCCGAGCUCGCCGAAGACGUGUCCACCAUCCAGGCCUCUACCGCUGUUUCCGAAUCAGAAGAGGAGGAGUCAGACAAUGCGGCUUCGCAAGUACGGCACCACCGCUUACAGACCGACCAAGCGCGGGAUCGGUUCCAGCCUUCGCGCGUGGACGCGGACAACGUAGACUUUUCAGAUAAUAUCAGCGGCCAGCAACGGCGCUCGUACCGGACGUCCACACGAACACAGCGGCGACGGGGCGAAAUGAUAGGCGACGACAGCGAUGAAGAGGAGGAAAGCUUUGAGCGGAAACUUGCGCGCGUUCACCAAGAAGCACUCGAGCUGGAGCAAGAACACGCCCGACGCAUGCAAUCCGGCGAUAAGACCAAAACUGAAGAGCGAGAUUCAAAAGAGAUAAUGGAGUUUAUUAGCGAUAAAGUCGACUCGAUCUACACACAGCGCAGAAGUGGCGAUAAACCCACCAGAAAUGGCGCGGAAUUCUACUUCUCAUCCACCAUUCAAAAAUUCAACAACUACACUUCCUUCACGCCUUCCCCGCGUAUUUCCAAAGCCAUCGCUACCCAACCCCCACUCCCUGGCUCGCAAGUUCAGCGUAGCCAACUCGAUCACGUCCUGAGCCAGGCUGGCGACUUCGACACCCGCCUGACCCAGCUCGAGCAAUCCCUCGGCCUCAACGGUGCCACAAUGCCCGACACAAGCUCCGCAGCACCUCUUCCCAUAUUUACGACCCUCGAGCGCAUCGAAGAAUCUGUAGGACUCGUCACAGACGCCUCAGCAGGUACCCUUGACGCCGCAACCUCGCAAAUUCGCCGCCUUAUCGACGAAGCAGAGCAUCUCAAGGAUUUGCGCGCCUCCAAUCACACAUCCUCUUACCACUCCUCAGGCCACUCCUCACCCUCUCCUUCCUCUCCGUCCUCCCCAUUAGCCGACAACACGAAACUUGAUGAGACGACUCUGACGCAUGCACAAGAAACUAAGAUCAAUGCUCUCUACGGCACCCUCCCUUCUCUAGAUAAACUCACCCCGCUCCUGCCCCUCGUUCUUGAUCGUCUACGGACGCUGCGCCUCGUGCACACUAGCGCGUUUCAGGUCGAUGCCGUUCUCACUGCCCUCGAGACGCGGCAGGCGCAGCAGGCAGCGGAGAUUGAGAGUUGGAGGACCAAGUUGGGGGAGGUUGAGGAGUUUGUCAGGGAUGCGGAGGAGAGGACGGAGAGGAAGGUACAGCAAGUUGGGGGGUGGGUUAGAGAUGUCGAGGGGAGAGUCAAGGGUUUAGAGGAGUGA